AUGUCAUUUGGAUCGUUUGACCAUGUCUGUAAUAAGACCGCAUUUCCCAUCUGUAAUGUCAUUCAAUCAUUAAGUAAUAGCACGGAUUUCUCUAGAGGAGUCAUCCCCGUGUGCUAUUCUAGAUCGGUCGAGUUAGCUAAUACCAUGAUCUUUCAAAUAGGGAAUGCCUUUGUUCAUUUUGGAUCAUUGAUCGUAUUGUUAAUCAUUAUCUUCCACGUCAGGGCGAAGUACACGGCCAUUGGAAGAACUGAGAUGUUGCAAUUCUUUUAUUUGUGCAUAUGUUUGGUAAUUUCUUCAUUGGUUGUUGACUGCGGUGUGGCAUCGCCCUCAUCUUCAACUUAUGCGUAUUUUGUAGCGCUUCAGUUUGGGUUUACUUCUGCUGUUUGCGCUUGCAUAUUCUACAAUGGACUUUUAUGCUUCCAGUUUUGGGAGGAUGGAUCAAGAAAGUCGAGGUUCUUAUUGAGAAUAAUACUGUUUGCAUGGUUUGCCUGUAACUACAUUAUCAGCAUAAUAACGUUUAAGAGUUGGGGCACAUUAUUGAACGAUGGUUCCACCGAGGUUUUGUUCGUCGUGAGCUAUAUUGGUAACGCCCUUUUGUUAGCCGCUUAUUUCGUUUCUCAAAUUAUCUUGGUCAUAUUUGCUUUAGAUCUGUACUGGCCGUUGGGUGCAAUUUUUCUCAGUGCCUUCUUCUUUGUUACAGGGCAGGUGUUGGCUUAUGUCUUCAGCGAAAACAUUUGCGAGGGUUUAUCGCAUUAUAUUGAUGGUAUCUUCUUUGGAUCAUUAUGCAAUAUAUUCGCCAUUAUGAUGAUUUAUAAAUUCUGGGAUAUGAUCACGACUGACGACUUGGAAUUCUCUGUUGCGAAUGUUGAACAUGGAAUCAACGCAUUUGAAGAUGAAGAUGAAAAGAGGAAUACUAUCUACUCUUACAGAUAG